AUGGGUCUAGGCAGGCCUCCCGAGGGGGCGCACGAUGCCCAGCCAGUGACACAACAGAAAUGGCCAACUCCUUCUGUCCGCACCAAGGGGCACGUUGAACAGGUCUUCUGGUGUUGAUGGGAGUGCAUGGGGGGGGGGAGGAUAAAUGGGGUGGAAAAGGCUGCCACAGUAUACAGCGAAAAGUAGCGGGGCAAGUAGGCUGCAGGCACGCUAUACCUUUGAAGCACAUUUUCCCCUCCUCAAAGAAUUCUGGUCCCUGUGGUUGGUUAAGGGUAGCUGGGAACGGUACUUUUUUGAGGGGCAAACUACAGUGGCCAGAAUUCCCCGAGGGAAAGAGUGGGCUUCGAAGUGCGCACGCAGCCACUUGCCCUGUGCCGCUUCCUUUCCCACACAGCCCUUUAUUUUCCUACCUCGCUUCCCUCUCCCACAUCCUUGCUUCCCCGCACGUCGUUCCUUCCUCCCGCUCUAAAGGGCCCCCUUUCUCCUCCCGCUCCCGGACCCUCUCCUUUUGCUUUCGUGACUCCGCUCACCUUUCCCCCCUUCCGUCCCGCUCCUUCCUCCCGCCGCCCUCUUGCCCGGCCCCUCCCUGCUGCCCCCCUCCUCCCCAAUUUCUCUCCCUUCACCCGGCCGCGCGGGGCGGGAGGGGCGAGGAGGGCAGGCCUGUUCCAGAAAGUCUCGUCACGUGCUCCUCCCCACGAGCCUCUCUCCAGCCCUGCUCGCCUCACGCCCGCCGCCAACUUCGCCCCCUCGCCCGCGUCUCCCCGGGGGAAGCGCCCCGGCCUCCCGCUCUCCUUCCCGCCCGAGCGGGUGGGCGGCGCGUCUCCGCCCUGGGCCCGCCCCGCUUGCGCGUGACGCGGAGGCCGCGAGGCUGCCGCCCGCCGCCCUUGCUGCGUGUGUAGGCUCUGGGCUGCGUGUGCGCGUGUGUCCACGCGAGCGAGGGAGCGAGGAGAAGGCGCGCGGGCGCGGAGGCGGCAUCCUCCUCCUCCUCCUCCUCCUGCUGCUGCUGCUCCUCGUCUCCCCUCGGCCGGAGUCCCCUGUCAGGCGGAAGGCGAGGCGAGGCGGGCGCCGGGGCCCGCCGCGGGGCAUGGAGAGCCUGCUGGAGAACCCGGUGCGCGCCGUGCUCUACCUGAAGGAGCUCACCGCCAUCGUGCAGAACCAGCAGAGCCUCAUCCACACGCAGCGCCAGCGCAUCGACGAGCUGGAGAGGCGCCUGGACGAGCUCAGCACCGAGAACCGCAGCCUCCGCCAGCAGCACGCGCUGCCCGACGAGCCCACGCAGCAGCAGCAGCAGCAGCAGCCCAGGCUCCCCGCUCCGCCGCCGGCUUGCCCACCGGGUCCUCCCCAGGGCCAGCAGCAGCAGCAGCAGCAGCCUUCGCCGCCCCUGCCGCCGCCGCCGCCGCCGCCGGAGCAGCCUCGGCAGGAGCAGCUUCAGCACCCGCAACAGCUCCCGGCGCCUCCGCAGCCUCCCGGCAGCAGCGGCAGCAGCAGCAGCAAGCAAGCUCAGGCCAGCCCCAGCGGCAGCCGGACGCCCGCCCCCCACCAGCACCCUCCGCUCCACCACCACCACCACCCCGAGAAGGACGGCAGGGAGAAGAGCUGUUGCGCGGUCCUGCUCCAGCACAAACCACCCCCGGCCAUCGCCAAAGGCGUCUUGAGCAGGAGACCAGAGUAAGUCAGGAAGGGGAGGGGAAAGGGGAGGGAGGCGAGGAGAAAAGAGGGGGCUUUGGGUCGCCAAGAGCCCCCCCCCUCCCCAAAGAUGAGAAAUUCAUUUAUUUGGAGCCUUCAUACACCCCGCUUAACGCUGCCGUCUCCAUCGGUGUGCAAUCCGGUUCAAAAGACGGCAGCAAGAUGGUCCUAGGAGCAAGGAUCUUGCCCCGCAUACUGCCGCUGCAAUCUGACGGAGUGGGCGGGUGGGGAAAUCCCUUCCCCGGUGUAUUUCCAAUUUCCAUAGGAUGCCAGAGAAACGAAAUGCUGCCUCGGCAAGGGGCGUUCGGCAACCUGCUUCCGAGCUUCCUUUCUGCUAUGCGUGAUGAUAUAUCGUCAGAAGAAGUUUACAUUUUUGAAAACACAAGCCACUCUCCCCCUCCCCCCUUUUUGUUGCAAAGCAUGCCUUGGUUGUUUUCUGCCGGUUGUAAAUAUGUUUGCGAUAGCCAAAGCAGGAAAGAAGGAUUUCCUAGGAAGGCAGAGGCUGGUAUCAGAUUUUGCUCAAUUGUUUGGGCAGUGCAGCUGCUUUACAGAACAAAAAUUUCCAAACCGUAAUAGCUCCUAUUACACAACUAGGAUUUCCCCUUUCAUUAAAGAUGCAGUAGGAAAACAUUGCAGAUACCUUUUCCUAUUGACACAAACCCUUCAUAUAUUUGUGAUUCAGAUUUCUUUACCUGUGGGUUUUUAUAGUGUUUUUGGGUGACUCUCGGUUUCUGAAGUGGCAAAGAAUUGUUUUAAGGGGUUUUCUUUAUCAGCAAAGGAAGCCUGGUUGUGUGUUUGUGUACUGUGUGAAUCUUAUAUAUGCAUAUGUGUUAUUCAAGUGCUCAAAUUUUGCUGCAAUGAAGGUUCUAAAGUGGUAUAGAAGAAUUAUGUUUUUCCCCGGGUUAUGCAUAGACUGAAUUGUAAUUGCCUAGUACCUUUGCAAAUGCAUCUAGCUUAGAGAUAUCUCACCUUUCUCUCCAAGGUCUUUUCAGUCGACAGAUUCCAUUAACCUCUUUGCAUACAUGUGGAUGAUAGAAGCCAGAGCUGCUAUGGUACAGGGGAGAGAUAAGAAUAAAAAUUCACUUGCAGGUACUUCAAGAAUGUAGAAGUAAAGCUGCGUUUUUAAAUUCAAACCUUGACCUUUGACUUUAAUGGCACUGAGGCCCAUGAACAACAUUUCAUUUAUAGUUUCAGGAGUGGGUUUCUUGCUUCCUUCUACCCUCUCCUAUUUGUCGUAAGUGGAGAAUCUUUUCUGAUCUUCAUUUGUAUAUAGGAUAUUUUCUGUAAAUAUGGGACUAGCAGCAGAACUGUGAAAUCUUUCAUUGUUUGGAGAGGUGGCCCAUUUCUCUCUGAAUGAGGCUGGUCAGAGAAAAGAACACAUAAUGCUAGUCAUCUUUCCCUCAAUGUGCAAAAUGAAUAUUUCUCCAAACUAUAGCUAGCCCUUUGCUAUGAGUGGCUUGUAAUCAAAAGUCAACAUCUUGUUUAUUGACUAAUAGUAGUAUGUGUUUUGCAGGUAUGUGUUUUGCCAGGAGGUAAAUAAAUUGCAGAAUCGGGCCCAUAUUCCCUCCAAAUGAAGCUGCAAAGUCUCUUCUGCUGCAAAUUCCACGUAUUGAAAUGCAAUUCAAACGGCGCUACUAUAUCAGUGUAAAAAUGAUUGUGUUAGAGAGGAAUCUCAGAAAUCUAUUAAAAAAACCCAAAACCUAGUGGGUUUUAUGCAGUGAAGCCAGUGUUACAAAUGUAGUAUUGGCAAGAUUUCCCUUUCAUCUCCUCCUAAUUUCUCACAUAUGUCACUAAGCAGAAUGAUGAGUCGGUUUCAAUGCAUGGUUCUGAAUAGCUCUUUCCUGGGAUACGAAUCUUAUUUAUUGCAAACAGGGAAGAAGGGGAUGGGACUAUACCUGGUUAGUUCUUAUCCAAAUGCCCAGGUAGGAAGGUCUUCAGGACUCUGGCACUCAUUGUUGAAAGGAGACAGCAGAGCAACCCCUGGUGCCCUCUCUACUCACUGUAAUUAAGAUAGCCUUCUGUUUUAUUCUAUAGCUUAGCCAGAGAAAAAGUUUGAGUGAAGAUGCAAAGUGCAACAUGUUUAGGAGAGUUGUCUUAAACACCCCUUAUACAUAACAAGAACUUCCUCUUGAAAUAUCUUUUACUGCUUUUGACUACUGUGUUGAAUAUUCCCCAAGUACCUACAAGGCAAUACCAGGGUCUUUUUAUGCAGUAAAUUUUGGGUGGGUAGGUGGUGGUGACAGGAAAUAUGGGUUAUUGAAAGUACCCUAUGUUCAAAACCAUGUGUGAGCAAAGCUAUCUCUACCACCCUUUGUCUAUAAUAUUCUAGUAUUUUCACAGUUGUAAUUUGAACCCUAAAUGCUGUAGUAGCUGCUUUUGGAACUGCUUCUUUCGUCUGAUCCGGGACUCCAGUUGCUUGACUGGAAUGAUAAUUGGGGUAGAAAAUGGCCACUCUCUAAGCAGUACUCACAUGAGAUUCCUUAAUAUGUAACUAUCAUGUAUGGGUAGAAGAGGCUUGAAUUGAUUCCCUCCCCACAUCACCUGAAAAGGCUGAAUAAUGAUAUUGUAGUGCCUUGCAAAUGCAUUAUGUUUUGGAAACAAAACUGCAGACAGCUCAUUCUGCUGCAUGUAUAUGUAUGCCCUCUCAUCUUCAAGGACCACUCAAAGGCCUUGUUUUAUUAUGAUAUCAUUACUGUGAUAUCAUUUGGGAACCAGUCUGCUUUGAAGACACUGUAGUCAUGUGUUAGAAGAGCUCACUGUGCAAAGCACAGAAUGGAAAGGGGGUUGCUCUGGACUUCAUAAAAUCCAGAUUGAACACGUUUGCUGUGCUACUAAGUUCCCGUGCUUAGUCCUUCUAUUAUCUUCAGCUAAAGAUGUCAUAAAAGGGAUGUGGGUGGCGCUGUGGUCUAAAUCACUGAGCCUAGGGCUUGCCAAUCGGAAGGUCAGCGGUUCGAAUCCCAGCAACGGGGUGAGCUCCCAUUGCCCGGUCCCUGCUCCUGCCAACCUAGAAGUUCGGAAGCACAUAAAAGUGCAAGUAGAUAAAUAGGUACUGCUCUGGUGGGAAGGUAAAUGGCGUUUCCGUGCGCUGCUCUGGUUUCGCCAGAAGCGGCUUAGUCAUGCUGGCCACAUGACCCGGAAAAGCUGUCUGCGGACAAACAUUGGCUCCCUUAGCCAGUAAAGGAAGAUGAGCGUCGCAACCCGAGAGUUGUUUGCAACUGGACUUAACUGUUAGGGGUCCUUUACCUUUUUAAAGUUCUCAUGUAUCAUGGUUGGGAAUGCAUAUUGUGAAGAGAGCACUUUGGGGUGGAUUUUACUUAGGGGAUGAUCCACUGGGGAGUUUUCCUGCAUGCCCUUGCACACUUCCUGGUGUGGUGCUGGCAUUGUGUAGUUUCAUCAUGUCCCCUCCUGUUCUUAUGACCUUGGAAGUGAAGCAGUCACACAGGAAACUGGUUUGAUGCCGUAACUUCCUGUGCCAACAGUGUUGGCAUGGUAGGUCUACAGUCACCUGGAGGCAAUGGUUUUCCUUUUACAGGUACUGGAGGUGUAUGAGGAGGAGCUGUGCUGCAGUCCCCAUCCCCCCGUCAUUCUAGAUAGAUAUGUAAAGGGCCUAUUGGCUUCCAUCCUGGUCUCAGGGUGUGCUCUGAAGGCACAUGAGGCCACCACGUUGAUGAAACUAGUUAUAUUUUGUUGUGGCUAGUUUUUGGAUGGGUGACCACCUAAGAACACCACGUAUGCAUUGGAGGAAAGAUUGGAUAGCAGAGUAACAAAAUAGACAGGUAAAAUGGUGAAGGAGAAUUUCACUACAAAGAACUAUACUCCACAAAGCACUUAAACAAAGUUACCUUUUGAAUAGUUCUCCAUCUCUGUCUUGCUCAUACUUGGUUAUCAGUAAGUCCCAUUGAUUUCAGUGGCAUUUGCUUUCAAAUACGUCCUGUUCUGAGGAUGACAGCUUAUCAAACUCAGCUCUGUCUGCUGGUCUGUGGCACCGGUGUGUUGCAUUGCCAGUACAAUGCUGUGUUUUGUGAACUUACUCUGGUGUAGCUCUUGGCAUUCCUCAUCCUAAGCACUUGAUGCACUACUGGUGAGUCUUAGCAUCAGGGUGCUAUCUGGAGGCUUCUGUGAAAUGAAACUAGCUUAAAUUCUGAUUUUAAAAGUGCCCUGUCUUUCUUGAACUCAAUGUACUUUUUGUACUUAUAUGUAUAAGUUAAUCAUUUUAUAUAAACAGUAUCAGAGCUGUAAUGAAAGAGCAUUACAAGCAGAAAUAAAGAGCCAGCUAAAAAUCUCGGUCUUUUGGGUGUAAUAGCAAGGCAUGUUUGAACAAGUAUACAGGAACACCUUCACUACUCUGUAGGAUUAAUUUUUAAAGAGAAAUAAGGACUGGAACUGAUGAGGUUCCCCAAGGAGGUAAUUCAAGAUAACUGGAACUACCAGUUAGGUCUUUUUCUCAACCUUGCUGAUGAUACUUUGUGAGUGAGGUUACCUAAUGGGGAUAAGGAUUCUUUCAUUCAUGUUGAACCCACGCCAUUUGUGUAUCCAUGUUUGUGGCUCAGGAUGCCUACUCACAUUCUGAGUUUUGUGACAUCGGCUCAUCUUCUUUCCUAUAAUUCUAUGUGUUCCCUACUCCAGUAACUCUAAAUAGCAUCUGUUAUACUGGAGAUGGUUCAAAGUUCUCCCCAACAGGGUCUCACUUAGCUCACUUAGAGCAGUGUUUCCCAAACUUGGGUCUCCAGCUAUUUUUGGACUACAUUUCCCAUUGUACUUGCUAGCUAGGGAUGAUGGGAGUAGUGGUCCAAAAACUUCUGGAGACCCAAGUUUGGAAAACACUUGAGUUAGACGCUUGUAGUUACCCAUGAGCUAAAUCAGAGAUAGGGAACCUAUGGAUCUCCAGGCGUUGCUGAGCACCAACUGCAAUCAGCCCGAGCCAUGGUCAGGAAUGAUGGGAGUUGUAGUCCAGCAACAUCUGGAGAGCCGCAGGCUUCUAAAUACAAAAGUUCCAUCUUGAUAGAGCAAGCAAAAGGUAAAAUGUAAAGUGUUCAUGAAUCUUGAGAAGGUGUACUUUGUGUCCCCAGCCUGAGGGCAACAGCUGAGAGAGGAAACUCGGGAAGCUAGCUACUUGCCCAUCUAGCCCAGUUUUGCUUUUCCCUCUAAUUAGCAUGGUUCUCUAGGGUCUCUGAUGGAGAAAUGGCUUUCUUAUCACCUGCUAUCCGAGCAAUGGAGAUGUCAGGGUUGAACCAGAGCUUCGGACAAGACAGGAUAAAAGUAGAGUCAUAUAUACUUAGAGUGGGUACUAUUUACCUCCAGGAAGGACUAUAGUUCAUUGCUAGAACAUCUGCUUUGUAUGCAGAAUGCUGUAGGUUCAAUCCCUGGCAUCUCUUGGUAGGGCUGUGAGAAACCCAUCUGAAAUCCUGGAAGGUGUCAGUGUAGACCGGACUGAGCUGGACAGACCAGUGUCCUGACUCAGUACAAGACAGCUUCCUAUGUUCUUCCACUAAGCCUUUAACCCCCGAAUCCCCAUCCGCUAGCUGAAAGAAAGCCUAACUGCAUUUUUCUGUGCAUUCAUCCCCUCUUACCCUUUCUUCUUUCUGCCAUCUCUUCCUCCAUUUGUAGAGAUGCAGAUUUUAAAUGCCUUGUAGGUGAUAGGAUUUGUUUCAUUUAUGUUGUGCUGUGAAGCAUUGUGUGGAUUGGUGGUGCUGUGUUCAUAAUGCUUUUCCCUUGUAAAUGUUCCUUAAAAGGAAUUGUAGGCAAAAGCCACCAAAACACACAUACAAAUUCACAAAACUGUACACUAUAGUUCUAAUAACAGUGAGUAUUAUUUAUCUGGCAAGAAAGAGAUCACUUAUGCAGAGAACUGUUAAUUGCUGCUAUGCAUAAAAGGUGGUUGAGGCCUAAUGCGGAUCUUUCCUGCAGAACGAGAGGUGGAGGAAUAGAUGGGAGGGGGGUGCAUGUGUUGAUUUUACUGCGGGAAUGAGGCUGGUUGCUCCAUUUCAUCCCUCUUUUCUGUCUAAGAACCUCUUGCAUGAGUGCUGCUCUUAAAUCUUUAGAGGCCAACCAUUUCCCUCACCCAAAUGCAG